AAUAUGUAAAAUCAGACAACGAUGUAAAAUCAGAUGAAGGCCAUGGUACAGAAGUCGAAGAAUUAAUGAAAUUCGAAGCCACCAUGGAUGAAGGAGGUGAGCAAGACUUAUCUGUUUUAUCAAAUGACAGUCUUCCUGAAGAAGACAACACAAACAAUGUCCCAAAACCUUUCGCAUGCACAUUGUGUGAUAAAUCAUUCAUGAGACCACAAUCCUUAGCCAGACACCUAAAAUAUCACAACGAUGACACACGUGCCUUCAAAUGCCAAGUAUGUGAUAAAACAUUUAGAGAACGUUGCAAUUUAUCAAAACACCGAAGGAUUCACACCGGGGAACGUCCCCACCAGUGCACAAUGUGUGAUAAAGGUUUCAUCGAUUCAGUACAAUUAAGAAAUCAUAUGGCCAUUCAUACUGGAGUAACUCGUUACAAGUGUGACAUAUGCAAUAAAAAUUUUGCUCAUUCCAGUAGUUUCCAUAAACAUGUGAGGUAUCACACCGGGGAACGUCCUCACAAGUGUGAGACUUGUGGGAAGUCUUACAUUCAAUUGCACUUGUUGAAAACUCACAUCGCUUCUAGUCACAGCAAUGAAAGACCAUUUAAAUGUGAAUUAUGCACAAAGUGUUUUGCCGUUGCAGAGUAUUUACAAAAACAUAAGAAGAAAAUGCAUUCAAAAUUAGUGAAAUUGUAUGUAUUACAACAAAUACGUUAUUCAUGUGAUAUUAUCAAUAUGUCUUUCGAGCCAGAAGUUGCAAUUAAAACUGAACCAAUCGAAUAUUCAGUGGAAGAGAUUCCAGAUACAAACAGAGAACUAGAAGAAAUUCCAAAUAUAAAAUCAGAAUUAUGUUCAGAAGAUGAAAAAACUUCAACCAUCCAAAAAUCUACUAAAGGUUCUUAUAGAUGUGAAAUAUGUAACGCUAUAAGAGGCUCAUCCCAUCUUUUACAACGACACAUGUUAAGCCACAAACCAAAAUCCUAUAAAUGUGAAAUAUGUAAUAAAGUCUUCAAUAAAUCCUCCAACCGAAGCAAACACAUGCUUUUACAUAAAGAAGAAUGCCGUUACCAAUGCGAAAUAUGUUACAAGAGUCUUAAAUCUUUAGAGAUUUUGAAAAAACACAUGGUUGUCCACAGCGGUGAGCGUUUACAUAAAUGUGAGGUAUGCGAGAGAUCUUUCCAUAGAAAAGGAGACUUAAACAUCCAUCUGACAAGGCAUUACGAUGCAGACAAGUAUCAAUGCAAAAUAUGCAACAAAAGUUACAGUGAAUCUUAUAAUUUAAAAGUGCACAUGUUUUCACAUACUGGUGAACGUCCACAUAAAUGUGAAGUGUGUGAAAAAUCCUUCAGCAUUGUUGGAUUGUUACGAAAGCAUAUGAAAACACACACAGGUGAGCGCCCUUACAAAUGCGAGUUGUGUGAUAAAACUUAUAUACGCAAAGAUGCUUUAACACGUCAUAUGAACGGCCGUUCUCAUGAAGGCUCUUAUAAAUGCUCGGUGUGUGAUAAGGAGUUUAAAACAUCACAUUCUUUAUCAGCACAUGUACCUGCACAUAAUGAUGAAAGACCUUACGAAUGUGAGAUAUGUAAAAAAACAUUUAAGAGAGUUAUAGAUAUGAAAAACCAUAUGGUUACUCAUUUGAAAAAGACUUCUUAUGAAUGUGAUGUGUGUAGUAAAAUAUUUAACUCAAAUAAGAAUUUGAAGAAGCACAUGAAAAUUCAUUUCAGAGAUAAAAUGAAAGAAGAAAUAUUGGACGAUAAUGAACAAAGUUUGGAAGUACAACAGGGAGAAUGA